UCUCACUACGUACUUGCCAUCCCGCCCCAUUCUUCACACUAUACUCAUCACUAUAUAUAUUCACUAAUAGUAAAGAAUAUGAUCAAUAAAGCCACUCCAUUGCUGUUUUUGCCGCUUCUUGUGAUAAUAUUAAGCACUUUAACUCUCAUUCAGAGCGAUAAUGUGUUGCCAGAGACGACGGUUUUCGACACCGGAGGGUUGAGCAGAGACAGCUUUCCAAAGGAUUUUGUGUUUGGAACAUCAACUUCUGCUUAUCAAGUUGAAGGUGCAGCCAGUAAAGAUGGCCGUGGACCUAGUGUCUGGGACACUUUCAUAAAAAAGCCAGGACGUGAGCCCAAUAAUGCAAGUGGAGAGGUCUCUGCGGACCAGUACCAUCGUUAUAAAGAAGAUAUUGAUCUAAUGGUGAAGCUGAACUUUGAUGCUUACCGUUUCUCAAUUUCUUGGUCCAGGAUUUUCCCAAAUGGAACUGGAAAAAUUAACUGGAAGGGAGUUGCUUAUUACAACAGGUUGAUUGACUAUAUGCUCAAAAAAGGCAUUACUUCAUAUGUUAAUCUUAAUCACUACGAUUUACCUCAAGCACUUCAAGAUAAGUACAAGGGAUGGUUGAGUCAUGAAGUCGUGAAAGAUUUUGCUGAUUAUGCAGAAUUUUGCUUCAAAGCAUAUGGAGACAGAGUCAAGAAUUGGUUCUCAUUUAAUGAACCAAGAGUUGUUGCUGAUCUUGGGUAUAACACUGGGUACUUUGCACCUGGUAGGUGCUCCAAAGCAUUUGGCAAUUGUAUAUCAGGGGAUUCUGCAACUGAGCCAUAUAUUGUUGCACAUAAUCUAAUAUUGAGCCAUGCUGCUGCAGCUCAGAGAUAUCGCGAUAAGUAUCAAGAGAAACAGAAGGGAAAAUUUGGAAUUAUCUUGGAUUUUGUUUGGUUUGAACCUCUGACUAGAUCCAAAGUGGACAAUUAUGCUGCUCAAAGAGCAAGAGACUUUGAAUUGGGAUGGUUUUUGCAUCCUCUAGUAUAUGGAGAGUACCCCAAAACCAUGCAAAAUAUUGUUGGAAAUCGAUUACCCAAAUUCACAAAAGAAGAGGUUAAGAUGGUCAAAGGGUCAAUUGAUUAUGUGGGCAUAAACCAUUAUACUACCUUCUACGCAUUUGAUCGCCAUCUAUCCAAACCAAAAGCCCUUGGCUACCGUCAGGACUGGAAUUGUGCAUUUGCUUAUGAUCGCAAGGGAGUACCAAUUGGUCCUAGGGCGCACUCCGACUGGCUCUAUAUUGUGCCUUGGGGUCUAUACAAAGCUGUCAACUAUGUAAAAGAACACUAUGGAAAUCCUACCAUCAUUUUAUCAGAAAAUGGUAUGGAUUAUGCAGGCAAUAUUUCCCUUCCUGAAGCUUUGCAGGACACCAAAAGGACUGAUUACUACAGAAGCUAUUUGGCCGAACUGAAGAAGGCUAUCGUUGAAGGAGCUAAUGUCACAGGCUACUUCGCGUGGUCAUUGCUCGACAACUUUGAGUGGAGACGGGGUUAUACUUCUAGAUUUGGUAUAAUCUAUGUUGAUUACAGAACACUCAAGCGAUAUCCGAAGAUGUCAGCCUAUUGGUUCAAGCAAUUACUUCAACACCAUAUGCAUUAAGCUGACUUUGCCUCCUGUAUUUGCUUUCUCUUUUAAAUAGUUUGCUUUGUAUAGGAAAUGCGUGUUUAGAGUAAUUGGCCCCCGUAGGUUGGCUUUGUGAGCUCUUCUUAGAGGCUAGAAUUUCUAGUCCUGGUAGUUUUAUAGAACAUCAUAUAGCCUUCAAGCAAUAUACACGGGCACUGUAGUUUCAUGAUUCGUAAUAUUUCCAUGAUUCCAGCAUUUCCACCGUUGAAA